AUGACCACUCCCAAGCGCAGAAUCGAAAAGGACAUGAUGGAGUUGAUGAUGCUGGACCACGAGGUCCUGCUUGUCGACGACAACAUGCAGCAGUUCUACGUGAUGUUCAAAGGUCCCCGGGACACCCCCUACGAAGGCGGCACCUGGAAGGUGCGGGUGGAGUUGCCCGACCAGUACCCGAUCAAGCUGCCCCUGAUUGGCUUUACCAACAAGAUCUACCAUCCAAACAUCGACGAGCUGCUGGGGCUGGUGUGUCUUGACGUCAUCAACCAGACGUGGUCGCCCAUGUUUGGUUUGCUCAACAUUUUCGAGGAGUUUUUGCCCCAUUUAUUGCGCUACGCCAACCCCAGUGAUCCGUUAAACGCCGACGCUCUGGGGUUGAUGAAUAAAGAUAUCGACCAGUACACCGAGACGGUGAAGCAGUACGUCAAGAAGUAUGCGCAGGCGCAGCAGGAGGUGGCCGAGAACGGCGCCGACGACGACGGCGACGACGACGAGCUCAGCGACGUCGGGAGCUUGUCCGACAUCGACUAA